AUGGCGAGUGGCCCAAAUGACGAAAGUGAGGCGAAGCCCCCAGCGGGGGAGUGCGGACAGCCGGGGGGGUCCGAAAUGGGAGGUAACACGAAGGUGGGUUUACCCGUGGGGGGAUCUACCCCCAGUGGAAAGGACUGCUCAGGGGAGGACCACCCCCAGGACAACGCGGACAUCCUGAGCGACGAAGAGGAGAGGCACUUCUGCAACGUCUGCUUCUCCUUUUUGUAUUAUAAAAAGUAUUGCUUCUACGAGCUCCUGAGGAUCUACAGAAACGUCUCCUCCCUGACCGACGAAGAGAAGGCCCUCCUCACGGAAUCGAUCUACAGCAAGCUAUAUAAGAUGUACCUUGCCGUUUUGAACAAUUAUUUUUUUAUUUUAAACAUUCUGCUACCUCAAAUUUCAACCCACAUCAUUUUGCACCUGCUCGCUCAUACCGUCCACCGGGGGGACGUGGUCGUCGUGGAGGACUCCGCCAGUGGGGGGAACGGUGAAAGUGAAGAAAGUGAUGGGAGUGAUGGGAGCGAUGGGAGCGAUGGGAGCGGAGGAAGCGGCGCGGAGGAAGCCAGCCGCAGCAGCAGCGCCGAUGGAGAGGGGGACAAAUCCGCCCAGGGAAAACCCAAAAAAAAGAGGAGCAGAAGAAUCCCCAGGGAAGAAUACACCAUUAAUGAAAUUCUGAAGAAUCUAACGGAGGAGGAAAAGGAGAAAAUCGAUCGAGAGUAUAAUUGCCACAAUUUGGAUGCCCGGUUGCUCUGCAAGGAUAACCCCAUCGUUAUCUUAAAAGAAAUAAGGUCGAAGCUAAUGAAUGCCAAAGAGGAUGAAGGGAUGUCUAGGGAGCUCGAGUUGAAUCUGGAGAGAUCCACCUCGGCAGAUUAUCUGGACGUUGGGUACCCCAGCGGGAGGAGAGCGCGCCAUCUGGAUGAGGCAGGUGCGAACUUGUUGGGCAGCUCAUCCUUGUUUCCUCGGGAGGAGGGCGAUAAACCCCGUGUGGGAGGGCAGCAAGAAGGGCGGCGCUCCCCGGAGAAGUCUCACGAGGUAUGCCGCGAGGGAGAGCGGCGAAAGGGCCUGCCCGGAGAGCACGUGCCCCCCGGGCGCCGAAUCACCAGCGCGUACAGCCCCACGCUGGACGAGUACAACCUGCUGCAAAACAUGAGCAAGGUGAGGAGCACGCUGCGGCAGUUCGUGCGCGACUGGUCUCUGGAGGGAAAGCACGAAAGGGAUAGUGCUUACGAACCCAUGUUGAGGAGCUUGGAGAAGUACCUACCCAUCACAGAUGCAUAUGUCCCUAAGGUCCUCUGCCCAGGCUCAGGAUUGGGAAGACUACCCUAUGAAGUGGCGAAAAAAGGGUACAGAAGUCAAGGGAAUGAAUUUUCCUAUUUCAUGCUCCUGGCCUCGAACUUUAUUCUUAACUACUAUAAUGAGAAGGAGUCCCUAAAGAUCCAGCCGUAUUGCCUGAACACUUUGAAUCGAAGGAAAAGGGACGACCACCUUAAGGUGGUCACUCUCCCAGAUAUAAACACCUAUAAUAAGGCCAUCCUGACCACCGAUUUUUCCAUGUGUGCAGGUGAAUUGAUAGAGGUGUAUGAGAGGGAGAGGGGGUCCUUCGAUGGAGUCCUCACUUGCUUCUUCAUGGACACGGCAAAGAAUAUCUUCCUAUACAUUCGGACCUUUGCCAGUAUAUUGAAGCCAAACUCUCUGUGGUGCAACGUCGGCCCGCUACUCUACCACUACUCUGAAAUGACGAACGAGCUCUCCAUCGAGCUGUCUUGGGAGGAAAUCAAAGUGAUCAUCUCCAAGUGGUUCACUUUCGUGGAGGUCGAAUGGGUCGACAGCUACUACACCACCAACGUGGAUUCCAUGAUGCAGGUGCAGUACCACUGCAUUUUCUUUUGCGCCAUACGGAACGACGUGCCGGUGGACGACCCGCCCGCGGGGGGCGCCAAUCACGGGGAGGAUGGGCAGCAUGGGGAGCGUGGGCAGCCAUAA